CCAACACUGAGUAUAUGAAUGGAGAACGUGUCAAAGUCAGAAAUAUUGGAAUUAAUAAAACGUGCCAAAGUCAUUUAGAGUUGAGACAUGUUCUUGUGGUUUGUAGAGAAGAAAGGGAGGAGGCUGAGAAAGAGGAAAUAGUGACGUGUGUUUUACAAUAGUGAUCAGAUUUAUAAAACACACAAACUCCCUGGUGAAAUUUAAACUAACUGUAAAUUCAAAGCUCCGACAUGAAAAUCGCCUUCACAUUUGUUCUGUUUCUGGUGCUUUGGAGUGGAAGACCAGGAUUCACCAGAGAAAUCGAUGUUUUUGAAGUUAAAGAAGGAGACGACUUCAGAAAAAAAUAUGUCUUUCAAAAAUAUGGAAACUGGAAAUACUUUUGUCGAAAUGACUGUGAAAAAGAGAAUAUUUUGAUUAAGACCUUUUCUAACGAAGAAGAUAACGGCCGAUACAGAAUUGAAUUUAAGAAGCGUUUUUUUGAUCCCAGUGAGAUGUACGUGAGCAUCCGAAAUGUGACACUGUCUGACACUGGAACAUACAGCUGCGGUUUGGAAACAUGGCAUGAAUACAAAUUGGUAUAUCUACAUGUGGAUUUCAUUAUUAAUGUCUCAAGUGUUGUGAGGUCCAAUCAUUCUCCAGGAGUUCUUUCCCCUGAGACCCACAGUGAACCUCAUGAGGACCACACCCCACUGUCCAAGGUGGCGCUGUACGUAGGACUGAGCCUGAGCGCUCUGCUCAUCCUGUCAGUGACACUCACCUCACUCAUACUGUACAGGAGAAAGAGAGCGAGAACAACACCAGGAGCUCCUGACAUCCCAGUAUACGCUCAAAUACAAGAGAGCCCCUGCGUGUAUGAAGAAGUCGCAGUAGACAACAGACAAAGCAGAAGAGCUGUUGAAGAACCGUCCUACACCACACACUCAUAUAACAUCUACAGUCUGUGCUCUGGUCCUGUUGGACCUCAGAUGGCAGACAGCUCCAGUACACUCACAUACACUCAAGUGGAUUUCUCCAAACACAGCAGCGCCCCCUGGUGUCCAACUGCCACAACUGAAGAGGCUCCUGUGUACUCCACCCUGUGUUUACCACACAGUGAAUAACUCUGUAAUAAUAGUGUCAGUCUUUUAGUUAGUGCUCUGAUGCUCUGUUAGAUUUUGUGCUUCAUUGUUUAGAAUAUUUUGAUCAGCUUUAACUUGAAGUACAUUGAACUGCUUUUCAUGUUUUUCUAUUAAUGACUUUGGUGGGAUAGUACCUGUAGUAAAUAUUUAGUUUUACUUCAGUGAAAUGUGAAAAAAUGAAAAGAAAAGUACAAAUAUACUGGAAGUAGUGCUGAGUUCUCUGUUAUAUGACAUUUAAAAUAAAAGGUUAAGUUAUAUUUUAAUCAAAACAGAAUAUUGCGAAUAAGACUUUUUCUUUAUACAUUAUUUAAUUGGUACAUUUAUAGGGCAAGAGGAAGGACAUUAUGGCAACAUAAUUUAACUCUUUCUGAGCCGUCUUGCCUAACAUCUAGGCUCCCAGUGCAUGUGCCAAUUAACUGUUUUUUGUUUUGUUUUGUUUUGUGUACUUAGUGAAGUGACUGCAAUACAUUCAUAUCUGUUUUUAUUCUAUUGUCUGUAUCUGUCUGUUUAAUGUUUAUGCACCUUGCACUUUGUGUCAAAGACACAUUUCUCCUGGUGAGACAAUAAAUGUAUCUUAUCUUUA